CAAUUUGAGACCCGAAAGGGAAAUACUGAAUUGAGACGUCAGUUCACAGACCCAUAAACAUUUUAUGUCGUAUCUACUAUUGUGACAUCGAUAUCUCAAAAGUCUCAUUCAAAAAGGUGAUAUCUUCAAAAAAAAGUGUUGUGAUAAAAAAAUUUAGUGUCUGGCCGGAGAAACUUGGAUCCUUCGGAAAUCCCCUGACUUUGAACGUGGUCAGUAAAUUUCUCAAUCGGAAGAGGUAACCCUCGAGGACGAAGCGCACGAAUUGCUAUGUUGUCACUUUCAGAUACGAAGGUGUUGUUCGUCUCGGUGGUGGUAGUGUUGUUCCUGUUGGUGUCUGUGUACGACAGCUGGUCGGACAGUAUCUCACUACAGUACGUUGGGUCGGACCAUCAUCAACAGCACAUCACAUAUCACCAUAUCGAUCGUCAUAAGAAAUGGAUUGUUACGUCAUCGAUUUCCUCCGAUGUCACAGCCGUGUCUGGGUGGAAAGUAAUAUUACUUCCUAACACCAAGGAGACAAUGGAGCACUGCAGGUUUACAUGGUGUUCUGAACUAAGCAGAGACGGCUUCAACACGCCACAGAUGACACUGAAAAGCUGGAAAAUGAAGGGUUGUAUUUAUGCGAUAUCUCACGGCGCAAAGGUCAUAAGCGUUAUCCGUCACUUGGACACCCACGUGCUGCACGUGUUACAACGAAUGGCUGCUCAUCAACCUCAGACAGGAAUAGUUCUGAAAACAAACAAAACCUUUCUUGACCCUUUUAUAUCCAAAUGUAACGUGACGAGUGAAGAACCAGAAAAGGAGUAUGCAUUGUUUGAUUAUUAUAUCGACACGCGUGUGCAUCCCCUAAUUCUGUCAAACCAAGUGGUGUGUGUGAAGAAUAGUAUCAGACAGGAUAAACUGAACUAUUUUCGUACCGACAGCCGCCAACCUCCUGUUUUCCUCCCGCGCAACACGUUUACCUCCCUUGGUUCUGAAAUAACCGUCUUCCGGUAUGAUGCAUUCUGGGCUCUGGCGCUAACGGAAGUCGACUUCGGGGAUCUGAUUACACAGAGAUUCGUGUGGGAAAUUGAUGGAAUGGUUGGGAUAUACCCGUUUCACGAGUCACCAAUACGGAAUCAACAGAUAUUUGAAAGAAGAACCUUGAUCGCAGCCCUACUCAGAACGUGGCAAUGUACAAAGAAUUCUGAUUUACUUGAUUGUUUGGGUAAUGUGAUAAAUAGAAUAGGAUCGGAACAACUGAUUGAUUUCAGAGAUGUCCUUUGGUUGACAGAAUGGAUUUCAGAGUUAAGGAAUACCAGCUAUCAAAUUCCACAUCGCCAAUUUCAAGAAAGCAAGCCGAAUCGUAGCACAACCGUGGGACUAAUAAAGAUCCCACAAACAAAUAGCAGCGUAGGUUUGUUUAACAAAUUUGCCUACAGUUAUUUGAAAGACCUGUGCCCUGAAACUGACAUCAGAUUUCCACACGCGAGCAUAGAUGAUAUAGCUCUCAUUAUUACAUUCAAUGUUCCAAGAUUUUAUAAAAACAUACAGAGUUUGGAGGUAAUGUAUCGACCAUACUUUCCAAACAUUAUUUACUGUGGACCGAAACUAAAGGCCUUUAAGGAAUUUGUCAGUAACUUCACAACCGGGAAUUUUAUUUAUGUGGAAGCGUUCAAGAGAGGGUGGUAUUAUAUGUAUGAAUGCACAGUGGAAGCGAUGAAACUGAACAUGGACGUGAAAGGUUUCUUACAGAUUGGCGACGACACACUCAUUAAUCCUUGGAAUCUGUACUCGCAACCACGGGAAAAGAUAUGGCUUCUCAAAAGCUUUCGGAGGGCAAAUGCUUCUCUGGACGAAUUGAAACCUCGCUGGGGUUGGUGGAGAAAGGUGAAACCCAGAAUACAGGCUGUUUUCAACGAAAUACGGGAUACUGCAGAACACGGAACAAAGGCAGGGCUUGAAUAUCGUUUCUUACGAAAUUUUCAAAAUGUUUCCCGUAAUUUUACAAAUUUGUUCAUUCAGACUUGCGACUUUAUUUAUGUGCCAGCCAUUUUGAAAGCUAAUUUCACAAUCAUGGCAAAUUUGUUAUUGAAACAUAAAGUGAUGAUUGAGAUAGGUUUUGCUAACAUUGCCUUUGGCUUGCAGAGAUGGCGGGUUAUACAUUUUGUGAAAGAUGUUGGCUUGUGGGACAACAGGGAUCGCUAUAUAGAAAUGUACAGCCCUAAAGGGGUGUUUCUGCACCCUUUUAAACUACAGACAUACCUGAAAACUGGUCCCGGUCGAUAUUAUUUCUUCUGCAACACCUAUCUCAAUUCAACCUUACGGCCACCCUGA